UGAGCAGUGUUGCCUCCCUCUUUCUCUGCUUCUUCCCCCCACUUCGUCUUGUGCAGCCGUGCUCGUCUAGACGUCAAGACCCAAAAUAAAUAAAUUAGUAGAGAGGGAGACAGAACCAGAAACAAUCUCUACCAAAACAGAUCUGAGAAAGAGAGAGAUAGUGUAGGAACAUUUGACAAUGGCAUCUGAGAGUAACGAGGCCGCCAGAUCUGGAUCCACCACCACCGCUACAGCUGUGGCAAACGGCAAUCAUCAGUCUCCGUCUCCGGCUCCGGCUCCGGCUCCGGCUCCGGUAGAGACAGACCAGCGUCGGAAGAUCGCGCUGAUAACGGGCAUAACGGGGCAGGAUGGGUCGUACCUGACGGAGUUUCUGCUAGCGAAGGGGUACGAAGUGCACGGUCUGAUCCGGAGGUCUUCCAACUUCAACACGCAGCGGAUCAACCACAUCUAUAUCGACCCCCACAACUCACACAAAGCACUCAUGAAGCUCCACUACGCCGACCUUAGCGAUGCUUCCUCCCUACGCCGUUGGCUUGAUACCAUUCUCCCUGACGAGGUCUACAAUCUCGCCGCCCAAUCUCAUGUCGCUGUCUCAUUCGAGAUCCCAGAUUACACAGCUGAUGUUGUUGCCACCGGCGCCCUCCGCCUCCUUGAGGCCGUCCGUUCCCAUAUCGCUGCUACUGGCCGAUCCCACAUCCGCUACUACCAGGCCGGCUCCUCUGAGAUGUUUGGCUCCACCCCUCCGCCCCAGUCCGAGACCACACCCUUCCACCCCCGCUCACCCUAUGCCGCUUCCAAAUGCGCCGCCCAUUGGUACACCGUCAACUACCGCGAGGCCUAUGGCAUUUUUGCCUGCAAUGGCAUCCUCUUCAACCACGAGUCCCCUCGCCGAGGCGAGAAUUUCGUCACGCGCAAGAUCACCCGCGCUGUUGGCAGGAUCAAGAUCGGCCUCCAGAGCAAGCUCUUCCUGGGCAAUCUGCAGGCUUCCAGGGAUUGGGGUUUCGCCGGAGAUUACGUGGAGGCCAUGUGGAUGAUGCUUCAGCAGGACAAGCCGGACGAUUAUGUGGUCGCUACCGAGGAGUCCCACACCGUCGAGGAAUUCUUGCAGGUCGCAUUUGGGUAUGUCGGAUUGAAUUGGAAGGAUCACGUGUCCAUCGAUCCGCGCUAUUUCAGGCCCACUGAGGUCGAUAACUUGAAGGGGGAUUCCAGUAAAACGAGGCGGAUGCUUGGGUGGAAACCCAAGGUUGGGUUUGAGCAAUUGGUGAAGAUGAUGGUUGACGAGGACGUCGAGUUGGCCAAGAGGGAGAAGGUGCUUGUUGAUGCUGGGUAUAUGGAUGCACAGCAACAGCCAUGAUCAGAUCUGAAAUUCUGGAUUAGUUACCGCCAUUGUUGUAAGGGUUCAAUUCUAUUUUCCCUUCUGUUUCAUUUUGUUCUUUCUCUUUAGGGUUAUUAUAGGAUGAUUAGAUAUCAGAAGAUUGUCAUUGGAAAUUUGGGUAUAUGGUAUUCAUGGACGGCAGAUGGGAGCUGAAAUUUUGUAGAGAGACAGAGCCGAAGGUCCCUCGAUCAAAUGUCAAGUUUUAGCUUAAUUGGAGUUGUGAAAUAGCAAAAUGAAGCUUCCAAAAAUCAACUACUACCAAGAAGGUGCAUUACAUCAAAUGGGAUCAGAAUUACCAUUUUUUGUUCUACUUUUUUUCUUUUUUUUGGUAAUCCAUUUUUUGUUCUUCUUGUUCUGCAGAAUGUGUCGUUUGAUCUCUCAUUUAGACCUGAUUCAUUCAAUUCUAGGAUUUGAUAAUUGUUGUCAUACUUAUAUAAUAUAAUCUGAAAGUCCUCAUCUGUUCUUUGUUCUGCA